ACGUGGGUGGUGCAAAUCUUUCUCCUCCCAUGAUUUGUCUCUCUUGCGACAUAGCUCGAUCACAUCCACCGCUGAUGCUGCUCUACGACGGUGUAUGCUCUGUUAAAUAGUGGCCGGCUAAUUAACAGACCGCCCGGCAUGGGUUUCUUGCUUGCCAGGAGCUACAUUGUUGUUGCUGCAGUCUGUGUGGUUCUUCCUUGCCAUGCGAAGCUCUCCACCAAGUUCUAUGCCAAGACAUGCCCGAACGUGGAAUCCAUCGUGCAAGCGGUGAUGGCGCCGGCCGUCGCCGCAGAGCCGCGGAUGGGCGCGUCCAUCAUUCGGCUCUUCUUCCACGACUGCUUCGUCAACGGAUGCGAUGCGUCGAUCCUCCUUGACGACACGCCAACGUUCACCGGCGAGAAGAACGCCGGCGCCAACGCCAAUUCCGUCCGCGGGUACGAGGUGAUCGACGCUAUCAAGACGCGCGCCGAGGCCGCCUGCAAGGCCACCGUCUCCUGCGCCGACAUCGUCGCGUUGGCGGCCCGCGACGCCGUAAACCUGCUCGGGGGGCCGACGUGGAGCGUGCCGCUAGGCCGGAAGGACUCGCGCGUGGCGAGCCAGAGCGCGGCCAACGCCAACCUCCCGGGCCCCGGCUCCAGCGCCGCGUCGCUCAUCACAGCGUUCGCGGCGAAGGGGCUGUCGGCGCGCGAGAUGACGGCGCUCUCCGGCGCGCACACCGUGGGGCGGGUCCGCUGCCUCUUCUUCCGCGGGCGCAUCUAUGGCGAGCCCAACAUCAACGCCACCUUCGCGGCGGCGCGGCAGAAGACGUGCCCGCAGACCGGCGGAGACGGCAAUCUCGCACCGUUCGACGACCAAACGCCGGACACGUUCGACAACGCAUACUACACGAACCUCGUGGCGCAGCGUGGGCUGAUGCAUUCGGACCAGGAGCUCUUGAGCGGCGGGUCGCAGGACGCGCUGGUCAGGAAGUACAGCGGCAAUGCUAAGAUCUUCGCCGGCGACUUUGCCAAGGCGAUGGUCAAGAUGGGUGGCCUCGUGCCGGCCGCAGGGACGCCGACGGAGGUCAGGUUGAACUGCAGGAUGUUUAACUAGGGAUUCUUACUGGGGGUACUCCGUAUUACGUACUGACUGUUUGUGACUAACAACAUCAGUUCACAAGCUUCAUGUGAUUAUUUAUGACCCGCAGACACGACCAUGAUGAGGGUUAAGCCGAUUAUGCUUAA